GUAAAAUAUAAAAAUGGCGAUCGGUGUUGAUACUUCAAAAUGGAAACCUAGAAAAAUAACAGGAACACCUGCUGCAAAGUUUAGAAAUCGUCUUGCUGCCGGCAUUUUAGGCGUCGGUAUACUAUGGGGUGCAUUUUUCCAAUAUUCUAGUUUUACUGAGCCUAUGAAAAAAGCCGCAGACGUACUUUACGAGGAUCCCAUUGAGGAACAGGAGAGGAAAAUAUUGAUAGCUAGUGGCCUACCAUUAAGAUCAGGACGUACUAUACGGCGGAUGAUGGAAGAAGAGCAGCGAGUGGACUUGCCUCACAAAUAACGUAAAAUGAAUGUAGAUACUUUAAAUAGGUAUGUAACAUAUUAUAGAUUAUAUGUAAAUUAAUAAAUUGUAGUUGAAUUGUUUCUAAAA